AUGAACGCGUUGGAAAAAUCGAACGACGCUCCGCUCCCCGUGCACUCGCAAAGAGCCGUCGAGGACUUCUCGGAGCAAUUUGUGAGAGAAAAAGGCGCGCACGGAAUCGUCAAAGAGCAGCAGCAAACGAACGUCGUGAACGACGUUUUAUUCGCGACGGCGAAGACGUUCCUCGAAAAUGCGAUCGUUCGCUGCGUCGUCGGCACCACAAACACCACCAGCACCGAAGGAGGAGGAGGAGGAGGAGACUUGAAUAAGGACGACGACGAAGCCAUCGUUCACGCGUUGCGCCGAGUGAAAGCUGUGCUCAACGAGAGAAUAAGAGGGAGAACAAAUGCGGACGUGAUUUUACUCAACGCGGUAGACCGAAGUAUUGUCGUCGCCAAGGAGGAGUUGAUUGCGUUUCGAGAGGAGAAGAAGAACAAACAGACGGGUACAAAGAAGGGUUUGAAUAAUAACGAGAGUUCUUUUAAAGUGUACAAACAAAACGUCAUCUCUGCGAUCCGGGAGAUGAUCGCGUCCGACGUGGACCAGGCGAAGCGCGCGAUUGGCGAAUACGCGUGCGAAACGUGCGGGUCGGAUUGCGUGGUCAUGGUUUUAGGCGUUCGCGACGGGUUGGUGGAGAACUUUUUGAAAAUGGUCGCCAGGAAGAGGAGGGUGAAAGUGAUCGUUUUGGAGACGUCGGUGAGUUACGAGGAGAGCGGGAAGGCGAUGGCGGAGGAAUUCGCGAGGAAGAUUUUGAUGAGUACGAAUACUAACAACAGCAACAACAACAACAACAACAACAACAAAGAGACAACGAACAGCGCGGUUGAGGUGACGAUAGUACCGGAAUCGAACGCGUUCGCGAUGGUGUCCCGAGCGCACUUAGCGGUUGUUUCCGCGCAACUCGGCGUCUUUGAAGACGGCUCGUUUUACGCGCCUCCGGGAACUGGAAACAUCGCGCGAGCGUGCGAAAAGUUCAAAGUCCCUCUCGUUGCCUUAGCGCCGAGUUUGAGUCUGACGACGUUGGAGAAACCACGGAUUGAGAGGAUGAACAGCAGCAGAAAUAGUAGCAAUCAUCACAAUAGCAACAACAACAACGACAACAUUGACGACGAAAAAUCACUCCUCCUCUCUCGAGAGCGAAACGGAAACCCGGCGGAGGUUUUAAAACACUUCCGCGCGCGAAGCGUGAAAACCGGUCGAGACGUCGACGCCGUCGCACAUCCGACGAGAGAGUUUAUCGACCUUCACGAAAAAGUCGAUUUGGCGUUCGUGACUGAUCACGGCAUCGUCGCUCCCGAGAACCUCAAAAGGCUCGCCAGAGAGUUGUAUUCUGCGCCUUAA